CGUUCCUUUCAGUGCAAGACCAGGCUGCUGCGGGAGGAAGGCGCAGCCGUUGGGAGCCCCGAAGAAAGGAGACACGGAGAAAGUGAGGAGCUCUCAUUUCUCCCCUUUAGGGGCACUCUGGUCACCAUGGAGGACGGCAUCUAUGUGCCUCCAGACCUGACGCCAGAGGAGAGGCUAGAGUUGGACAACAUCCGCCGGCGGAAGCAGGAGCUCCUGGUGGAAAUCCAGCGGCUGCGAGAUGAGCUCAGUGAAGCCAUGAAUGAGGUGGAGGGGCUGGAAGCCAAUGAGGGAAGUAAAACGCUUCAGAGAAACCGGAAGAUGGGGAUGGGCCGCAAGAAAUUCAACAUGGAUCCCAAAAAAGGAAUCCAGUUCCUGGUGGAAAACGAACUGCUGCGCUCCACCCCCGAGGACAUUGCCCGCUUCCUUUACAAAGGGGAAGGACUCAACAAGACAGCCAUUGGCGACUACCUGGGCGAGCGGGAGGAUUUUAAUAUCGCGGUACUCCACGCCUUUGUCGAUUUGCACGAAUUUACGGACCUCAACCUUGUGCAGGCGCUCAGGCAGUUCCUGUGGAGUUUCCGACUGCCAGGAGAAGCCCAGAAAAUUGACCGUAUGAUGGAGGCCUUUGCCCAGCGGUAUUGCCUGUGCAACCCGGGAGUCUUUCAGUCCACAGAUACCUGCUACGUCCUCUCCUUCGCCGUAAUCAUGCUCAAUACCAGCCUCCACAAUCCCAACGUCCGCGACAAGCCCACCGUUGAGAGGUUCAUCACCAUGAACCGCGGCAUCAACGACGGAGGGGACCUGCCUGAGGAGCUGCUGCGGAAUCUGUACGACAGCAUCCGCAACGAGCCCUUCAAGAUCCCCGAGGACGAUGGGAACGACCUGACCCACACCUUCUUUAACCCUGACCGCGAGGGCUGGCUCCUCAAGCUGGGAGGGCGAGUGAAAACGUGGAAGAGACGCUGGUUCAUCUUGACUGACAACUGCCUCUAUUACUUUGAAUACACAACAGACAAGGAACCAAGAGGAAUUAUCCCUCUGGAGAACCUGAGCAUUCGGGAAGUGGAAGACCCUCGGAAACCAAAUUGCUUUGAGCUCUACAUUCCCAACAACAAGGGCCAGCUCAUCAAGGCCUGCAAGACGGAGGCAGACGGGCGUGUGGUCGAGGGGAACCACAUGGUCUACCGCAUUUCGGCGCCAACGCAGGAGGAGAAGGAUGAAUGGAUCAAAUCCAUCAAGGCUGCUGUGAGCGUGGAUCCAUUUUACGAGAUGCUGGCCGCCCGCAAGAAACGGAUCUCGGUGAAGCAGAAGCAGGAGCAGGCAUGAAGCGGGGAUCCUCCUGCCCCUCCUCCUUCCUCCCUUCCUUCCUGCAUCCCCUCUAGGACCUGCCGACAAACCCACCUGCGUUGAGCUCCAUGAAACCAACCAGCCAGCCAACCCCCCUGCCCCCUUUUCCUUUGGAUCGUUGGACCACCACGCAACUCUGCCAGCCUGAUGGCAUGCCAGCACACCCGACGCCCUCUGCCCGCCUUCCCCUGGCUCACGUCUCCGGAGCUUCCACUUGGCCUUCUAGGAUUUGCCUACGGGGGCAUGAACUUGGGAACUGUCUGCGCCAGGGGCUCUGCAAGAGUCUGAAGAGGGCCUUCCUGUUUGGGGGGCCGGCUUCUCCCUCUCUGAGCGGCUUCUUGUCUUAGCCCCCAGCAGACUCUGGCAGAUGCCUUUGAAGCCCCCUCUGCUGCUUGACCCCACCUGGACUGAGAGGGCGACACUCUGGGACUACAUUAAGGGCAGGUUCCCCCGCCUGAUUGGACCUUCCGAUUAUACCUGUUUAUGCUUCCCCAUUUUAGAGCCAGUCUACAUGCUCAGAAUAAUGAGAUGGGAACGCUCUCUCGGGACUGUACCACUUCAAAAUGCAGGCGGGAAAUGGCACAUUUCCCCUGGCCAACUGCAUAAAAACAGCACCCUGCACACCUAAGCAAAGCAUGUGCAAGAGUAAACUAGUAUCUCUCUCUGAUAUGCUAGUUUUUCUCUGUAGGGGGAGGUUUUUUCUUCUUUGUUUUUACUGCAGGGGAAUAUUCAGUCCCCUGAUUUCCCCCACCUGCAUUCUAGUGCUGGUACAGUUCCGGGAGAGCUGUUCCACACCCAUUUCCCUGAAGGUGUCCCUUAGAGUCUCUUGCCAAACCAGCUACACUGUGUCUCCCAGUAUUCCGGCUCUGAACCUCUAAGUAAGUACCAAGGGCUGUACUGCUAUACCCCCCCCCCCCCCCCGUUAAGUUGGCAUUUGCUCUGCGAAAGGAAGUGAACAUAACUGACAGCCAGGAGGGGGCAGCAGAGAGCCAGACAGACCAAUGCGCGCACACACUGACACGAUUUCAAACACUACCCAAUUCCUCUACAGCAGGAAUAGCCAGCACAUUUGUGGAACUUGACAGCUCUUGAUUCUUCACAGCCAGGGGACAGGGUCGGAAGAAACCUUCAAGUCCCUCUUUACUGCCGUCACUGCCAUUUCCAAGAAAUUGAGCUGCUACUCACAAACCUUUGCAGACGCAACUGGACCAUUGUCUGUGAAAUCAGUUCUGCUUUUCCCUGCUCCAAAGUCCUUCUCUUUUCAAAGACUUUGACUUGAUGGUAGAGAUCUGGGGCUUCCCUCUGGAGUUUUUCCCCCCCAAAUGUCUCCAUAACUUUGAAAGAGGAAUCUGAUAAGGAACUUUGGCUUCAGACCAGCGAUCUCUGUAAGAAGGCCUCUCCUGUGCUGAGACGACAUGGUGGAAGUGGUUGAUGCCAAAGUUCUGCCUGAAAUGAACUGAAAUUUGAAGCAACUCCCUCUCCCUCCCUCUCUCCCCCCCCCCAUCCCAUCCCAUCCCAAACAGUUUACUUUGAGGUUAGGACUCCUGUCUAAAACCAAAAGGCUCUUCCAUAACACAAAACAGGUGAGCAUUCCCUGAACACACUUUGACCUCUCAUGGCUGAAAAAUCGGGAUGGUUCAAUGUUGGAUAUUCCCCACCUUCCCCAAUACCUGCAGCAGGAAGUCAAACUCGGAUAAGUGCUUGAUGAGCUCAGAGGCCAGGAUGGGAUGUUUCCAUAAAAAUUAGCCCAGAGUAAAAGAGAGUGACCUUUUGAAUGUGCUGGAGAUCUAGCUAGCUUCUACAGCUUCUAACCAGAUAAAGCUCUAAAUUAUUGGGUGGGACAUUGUACCUCUUUGUCCCACAACUCUCUAACUAGAAAUCUCGUCUUCCACCACUUAACUUGCCUCAGGCAAACCCUUUGGUGUGGCAGCUGGGGUCCUGCAGGACUUCUUAUGGUCCUGAGGUGUUAUUUGCUAGAGCCACGUGAAGCACUUUUCAACAAAAGUUUAUAAACUCCUUUGCAAAGAUCUGGUGAGAUUUGCUGCAGAGUGCUUGUGAGCCUGCAAAAGUCUUUGACUGCAACAGGAGUGUGGCCUUGUCUUUUUCUGCUGUGAGCAUUUUAAACUUUGCAAUACCCGCAAGCCAGAGAUGAAGUGCAUUUUUUUAGGACCGGCCAUUUAAAAUCCUGUUGAGUUGAAACUUGAAACGUAGGUAGAUCUGGUUUGAGGCAUCCUGGAUUUUAAAGGGGCGUAGUUUGGUCUCAGUCACAGUGAGAUCCACUCUUUCCAUAUGGAAGAAAGGCAAAAGGAUUCAAGGCAGGACAAGGAAAAGAAAACAGUUUGGUAUUAAUUUUCAGUUAAUAUGGGUGUGUGAGAGAGAGCUAUUCCGUUUGGGUGUAAAUGACAUGGUAAGGGCCAAGUUUAAUUAGAACUUGAUAGAAAUUAUGUGUCAUUGACUGACUGAAUUGGGUCACUUGAUAUUAAAGAUGGCAAACCAGCCGUCUUUAUUCUCUCAAUUCAACUUUUCCAAAUUUAUGGGAAGUAUAUAUUUACAAUUAACUCUGCUGAACAGGCCAUUCCCCUUGCCCAAUUAAAUUAUUUCAUUGCUCCCAAAGCGCCUGGAAAUUUUGAUCCUAGCAGCUGUCAUCAGUCGCCCACUCUUCCCUGAAAUCCUAGAAGCCUGUAUUCUAUACUACUAGAAGCCAGUUCUAGGAAAUUCCAAGUUUACAGCCCUUUUCCUGUUAGAUCUCACUGCCUUGCCAUAGUCCCCUUUUAGUUCUGAGAAAAACUCCUGACUUUAAAUGUGCCUGCAUUGAAGAGGCACAUUUUUCUAAAUGCAAAUAUUGGCUACUCUGGAGUGGGGUGCUGAUAAUUAAUCAGGAUUGCAGCAGGCAGGGAGGGAGGGGGAGUUUGACACAUCACCUGGCAAAAUAUUGUGCCGCCCAAGCUGCUGUUUGCAUUGGGAUGGCAGCUCCCAUUGCACAUUUUAAUGAGCAUGACUGCAGCAAGAAAAUGAAAAUAUUCCAUCUCCUGCCCUACUGCGAUCUUAAUAAUUAUUCACCACCAUCACCAUGGCUGUUUGCAUUUUUUAAAGUGUGCAUAUUAAUUAUAAAGGUGCAUUUAAUGCCACUUAUAGUUUGGCUCUUGAGUCCCAGUUUUUUCUCUCUGGCCAUUUGUGGCUAGUUUUCUCUCCAGCAUUACAUGCAAACAGCUUUUCUCUCUUCCCCCACCUUCAUCCCGCCUCCAAAUCAUCUCAUUUUUUGACUUUUACAAGAAGCUAUUCACACAGUAGCUCUGGCAACGCCCAGAAUUGGUGCAAUUGAAAGAUGAGGAAUAGUUCUACAGCAAUAUCAAUGGUAAAAUUUUUACUCUUACCACCCCCUCCCAUGGCAAACUUCUCAUUGUGGAUUUGUAUACCUGUGUUGCUGGAGUGGGGGCAAUAUAACAGCCCCCACCUGUUCCAGAACAAGAAAGAAAGAAAAGUGGGCAUUUUUUCUUGUUUUUAAAUCCAUUUCCUUUUAUGAUGACAAUGUCUCUUUUUUAAAAAAGAAAAAAAUGUUAAUUAUUAUUUAAAUUUUAAUGUAUGCAUCGUUGGAUGAUAUGUAAACACUGCAGACUUGUC